CUGUAAAAGCGGUGGAUAAUAGACCACUCUCUUGUAUGUGUGUGCUACAUCACUUCAGAAGCGAUGAGUGAAUGCCAAGGAGAUACCUUAAUCGUCAUCUUAGGAUCGCCCAAUGCACCUGAUGGGACGCUGUACUCAGUGGCACGCGAAAGAGCCGCCAAGGGCAUAGAUGUACUUUAUCACAAUCCCAAUGCGAAGAUUGUGCUUACGGGUGGACAUGGCGACCACUUUAAUCAGGCUCCACACGCACACCACCACUAUAUGCGUGCGCACUUACAGUCAUUAGGAAUACAUGAUACCGCUAUAGUAGGUACAAUUGACAGCGGAAAUACAUACGAAGACUCUUCACUGAUGAACAAUCUUCUUGCAGAACGGAAACCCACACGUGUGGUCUUGGUCACAUCGGAUUUCCACGUGCCCCGAGCGCUGUAUGUAUUCCAGCGGGACUAUCCAGGAUUAGCUAUUGAGGCUGAGGCCAGCAUCACCGACAGAGACAAUUGUCAAUUAGAUUUAGAUCACUUGUGUGCGCAUGAAGUAACCUCUCUGGCUCGCUUGAAGCGAAAUGCCGGUGCUACAGCUUAAUAACCCGGAGUUGCCGUAUGAGUAAAGUCUAUGAAGGCUUCAGCUUCUUUGCCUUGGGGUCGGGUUUGCAUAUGUUACUGUUUCAGUCGUGUAUGUAGCCAUUGUUACCUUCUGAACUGUAUAGUGUAUAUACACAACCACACUAUAGUCUAUCGCAGGAAACGAACAUGCACAUAAUCUCUGUACGCUGCGCUGAUUCUAUUUAAUGGUCUGCGAUGUUAUUAUGUGGUACGAGAGUACGCUAUUCAAUAUUGCUGUUGGGUCUAUCUUGUCCAGAUACGAAAAUGGUAUUCGGUUCCUGUAUCAGUUGUAAGCUCACAGACGUGUGUGUUAAGAAGUAUUAAGACUCAGAAGAAGGGUUUGCCCAAGAUUAGGAAAUGUUCAGUACGAGUUGUAGGCAAAUAAAGGUACCAUCUGAGAAUAAACUAACACCCAGUUGUCAGUCAUGAAUGCAUGUGACUGAGG